GCAGCACAGCAGCCCGGGCUUGUGCAGUACCACAGCCUGUCUCCAAAACAGCCUCCCUUCCUCUGCUCCCCAUCCUAGUCCUUGCCAUGGCCCUGGGCUUCGUGGUCCUGCUGCUGGUGGGGACAGCAGGGACAGCCUGCCAGGCUCAGCAGGUGCUGACCCAGCCGACCACCGUGUUGGUGCUGCCCGGGCAGACCGCCCGGCUGUCCUGCACCCUCAGCCCCCAGUACAACAUCACCGACUUCGGCAUCACCUGGUACCAGCAGCGCCCAGGGCAGGCCCUCCGCUACCUGCUCUACUACAACUCGGAGUACGACAACCACAGACCCGCCAGGAUUCCCGACCGCUUCUUCGCCACCAAAGACCUUGCCCUCAACGCCUGCAUCCUCUCCAUCACGGACGCCCAGGAGGAAGACAACGGCAGAUAUUACUGCUCGCUGUCCUCCACCAACAGCUGGCUGUAGCAGCAGGGAGCGAAACCGGCUUGCCCCACGCGCCGUGAUGCGAUGCAGGGCUGGAUGGAAGGGGCACAGACCUCCUCUGGCACGGUGCUGCAGCCGCCUCCCUCCCUCCCUCCCUCCCUCCCUCCCUCCCUCACCUUCCUCCCCUCCCUUCCCCUCACAGCCCCGCUCUCCCCACAUCCCAGCGGCGGUGGGAGCACGGGGCCGUGCCGCGGGGUGCCUGGGCUGGCGGCCGGCAGGGGCUGCGGUUUGAUCAAGGCAAUAAAAAUGUUCGCUCCCCCACCA